AUGGGUUGCACAUCAACAAAACCGACUCGCAAACCUUCCGAAUCGCCGCCUAACACCAGCGUCGAGAAACCAGCCGCCAAGUCCAAAGCAGAAACUCCCAAGGAGAAGAUAUAUGUUGCACAACAUGACUGGGAAGCACCUACUGAUAAAGAUCUUCAGUUCACUAAGGGCGAAGAAAUCUCAGUUUUCGACCAAAAGAACUCGGACUGGUGGCAGGGAAGAAUCGGAGAUCGACAAGGUUUCUUUCCUUCGAAAUUUGUUAUUUCAAAAGACAAUGAUCUAGGUCCUUGGUUCCACACCAAAACUACCCGAAAAGAAGCCGAACGGUUGCUUCUCGACGCCAAAGUCGGAACUUUCCUCAUUCGACCCCGAGAGACGAACGGUGGAUUAGACCCUGGUUUCUCAUUAUCAGUACGUGCACUUCAACCAGCAGAGCAAAAUCGAGACCUCGAUAUCAGACAUUACAGAAUCAAUGUUAAAGGGGAGGGAAAUAAUAAAAAGUAUUAUAUUGCAGAAAAGAGUCAAUUUUCAUCGCUCAAGGAGUUGGUUCAAUUUUACAAAGACUCAGAUGAUGUUGGUCUCUGUAUUAAGCUUGGUGAUCCUCUACAGGUACCGGCUCCACAUCUUAACGACUUGAGUGUUGAAACUUCGGAGCAAUGGGAGAUUCCGCGGUCUGAACUUCAAUUUGUUGAACAGCUUGGAUCAGGCCAAUUUGGUGAAGUAUGGCUCGCACUUUGGCGAGGCAAGACUAAAGUUGCAGUUAAGACUUUAAAACCAGGAACAAUGAAACCUGAGAGUUUCAUGAGCGAAGCACAUCUUAUGAAAAAACUACAGCACAAGCACUUGAUUCGUCUUUACGCCGUAUGCUCAAAGGAAGAACCGAUGUACAUUGUGACCGAGUUGGCCCAAAAAGGGUGCUUGCUCAAGUUUCUGCGAGAGGGAGAAGGAAAAAAAUUCGACAUUCCGCAGAUUAUCGGCAUGGGUGCCGACAUCGCAGAUGCUAUGGUUUAUUUGGAAUCUAUAAACUACAUUCAUCGAGACUUGGCAGCAAGAAACGUUCUCGUGGACGAUCAAUAUUCAUGUAAAGUGUGUGACUUUGGACUGGCAAGAUGUCUGAAACAAGAAGAACAAACUUAUAUGGCUAGCAAGGGCAGUAAAUUUCCAAUCAAAUGGACAGCACCGGAAGCCAUAACGUACGGACACUUCACGAUAAAGUCUGAUGUGUGGUCAUUUGGUAUCGUUAUUUAUGAGUUGGUCACUAAAGGAAAAGUCCCAUAUCCAGGUAUGUCCAACCGCGAGGUAAUGGAACAAGUUGAACAUGGAUAUCGAAUGCAGGCUCCAGAUAACUGCCCGGAACAUCUUUAUAAGAUUAUGCGGGCCUGUUGGAACGCUGAUGCGCAGCGACGUCCCACUUUCGAGUACCUCUUCAGGGCACUUUCUGAAUUCACGGCCAUCGCUGAGAAGCAGUAUGGGUGA